AUGAAUUUAAAAUUUUGUUUAUUUUCAUUUUGUUUUCUUGUUAAAAUUUAUUUGAACGAAGGAUUUACAUUUGAUGAACUGUUAGAUUCAAUUGAGAAUAAAGGCUUGAAGCAAAAUUUAAAAAAUUUAAAUUUGGAUAAAAAAUUAGAUGAUUUGAAGGAUAAUCUGGUUUCCCAGAAGAAACAUAAAUCUUCAAAACAAUAUCUAACUUUGGCUAAAAAUUUCUCCAAUGAACUGCGAGAAAUAGUAAAGGGAAAUGAUUGGGAUAAAAUACCUUCGCUUCUGACGCUUGGAAAAAAAGUUUUAAACGCUUGUGGUGUUCGUGGAGAUGAUAUGGAAAAUGGAGUGGCUUUACAGUUAAUUGGGGGCAAUUGGGAGUUAUUCUCAAAUCUUUUUGCUAUUUGGAAUUUAAAAAUUAAUUCCGUUUCGAAUAGUCACAACCGCCGUACAAAGCGUGCUUUUAAAAGACAGAAGGAAGAAGAGGAACGUAUGAAAAAACAUAAUAAGUUGGUAGAUGAAUUCAAUCAACAUGUUGAUGAAGCUUAUAAAUCUGCUGUCUAUUGCUUAAUAGUUAGCUUCAUUGUUAUGUGUUUUGUUGUAUAUUUUAUUGCAACAAACUUUGUCUAA